CUUGAUGUCUGUCAUUGGGCUCGCACGCGGCACCUUGACUUUGCCCGUUGUUCUCAAUGCUUUCCUGUUAUGCGUGUGCCUGGAAAGCGCCACGGGCCUCCCCAUGCCUCCUCAGGACCACCUCUAGAUUAUCACUCGCCGUACCCUCUUCAAUAUGCCUCUCCACCCGUCCUCAUUCCACGAUCCGUUCGAUCCAAAAGGGUCACCACCGUCGCGAGCUUUCCAAGACACUCAAAUCAACUUCAAAGCCCAGAACUGCGGCCUUCGAACUCGGGGAGAGGAACAAGAGUUCCCCUCGGGUUCGCAUGGCCAUCGAUGAUGCCUUUGCGCGUGCCUCCAAUCGACAGAAGCGAAUGAUUGUUCCGGCUACAGACCGCUCCGGAAACAAGGAGACCUCACUGAUCGAAGCCCCCUACGUUGACAGGCUCAAGUUGACACAUGAUGUUCUUGGGUGCCUAAAAUCCGGCGAUAUCUCAACAGCCUUGGAAUUGGUCCGACGAGUUUACAAGUCACCCACUGGCGUUGUCAUCGACACCGUUGUCAGUUGGAAUCAUAUCAUUGACUGGUUAAUGCGCCAAAAUAACCCCAAACAAGCCUGGAAGAUCUUUAAUGAGAUGAAGAAGCGUGGCCACAAACCAGACUCCCAAACUUUCACCAUCCUUUUAUAUGGAUUUAAGCAGAACGUCAACAAAACUCGCGGCGCCGUCAGCCGUGCCAUCGAAAUCUACAAUUCCAUGUACGCCUCCAAUUCGGCCGUGAAGCCCAAUGUCAUCCAUACCAACACUGUCCUAUCCGUGUGCGCACGAGGACAUGACAUGAGUCAGCUCUGGGCCGUUGUCGGUCGCUUGCCAGACCGAGGACCCGAUGCUGCAGACCACAUCACAUACACCACAAUCUUGACUGCCAUCACUGCCGAUGCUCGAAAAAGGGCCCUGGAGCUUGGCGAGAAGGACGGCGAUCCAGCCAUCUGCGAUGGCAUCUUCGAGGAAGCCGUGGCAGAUGGUCGCAAAUUGUGGUCCGAUGUCACUGCUCGCUGGCGAAGGGGUGACUUGGAGAUUGACGAGCAUCUCGUCACCGCAAUGGGUCGCUUGCUGCUACUCUCAAAAGAUGCUGAAAAUCAUAAAAUUGUCUUCACAUUGGCUGAACAGACAAUGAGACUUUCCACGUUCGAUGAAAAACUUGCCAAGAUGCAAGCCAAUCAAAUGCGGCUGCAAGAUGGACUUGCACAGGAAGACGAUGCUUCAGAGAAACAAGACGAUCCUGACCAGGAUUUAGUCAAACUGCGACAGCACAAUUCAUCUACUACUCACUCUUUUCUCGAACCCAGAUCCAAUUCCGUCUUUGCAACGCCUGGGAAUAAGACUCUUUCACUGCUCCUUCACACUGCCACUUCUCUGCGGGAGAUCGACGCUGGAAAGCGUUACUGGCGCCUCAUCACUUCCCAAGAUGGUCCGUUCAAAGUCUAUCCCGAUACUUCCAACUACGCCGACUACCUUCGUCUGCUCCGCAUCGCAAGAGCAAGCAAGGAAACCCUCACGAUUUUACAAUCAAUUCCAGAAAAGCUCUGGCCAGACAUGGCGAAUAAGGGCACUUUUCUCAUCGCCAUGAGCACAUGCAUGAGAGACAAGAACAACCCUAAUGUAUUUAGCACCGCCACGGAGAUUCUAUGCCUGAUGCAGACCAAAUUGGCCAAGUACGCCAAGCACGAUCCCUCCGAGACCGACGGAUCCAAUCGAGAACUACGUAUCCUGUCACCCACUGUUCUCGAAAAGUACGUCCAAGUCGCCAUCGAAACAACACACGGUAUGACUCCGUCAAAGCUGGUUAAGCAGCCGAAUGGAGAUCUGGACUUUGAACGCGAUCCCAAAAAGAACAACAUCAUCAACGCCCUUACCAGGCUUGGCUCCUCGACCUCUAAUGCCGAACAAUUGCUCAAAAUUUUUGUCGAAGAAUAUCAACGACAAGUGGCAGACACCUCCAGAACGGUCAGAGUUACAUGGCUCCUUCGUAAACGUGCAGAAGCGCCGGAGCAUGUGGCUGAACUUGUACAGUAUUUCCAGACCCUGCUCGCUGCCUAUGAGAAAUUACUCGCAGUCAACGAGAGACUUGAAGACGAAGGCUUGGGCCCAUUGGAAGGCGACUUUCUCCGAGAAAUUACCGCGCAGCGACGCUAUCUCAGUACGCUUAUCACCAAGACCAACAACGUCAAGGGGAUCAGGGGACGCACAAACUCUUGGUCACCAAAAGAAAAAGACGUGUUCAGGGAUCAAGUUCCCAGGAACAUAGCUGAGGUUGUCAAUGAGCUUUCGCCCCCUUCAAAGAGAGACAAAUCAACAGCAAAUUACGGCACUAAAGUUGGCGAUUCUGAAGAAGUCGAAUCUGCAGACCGGGCUGAAAUCAGACAAAACAUCACUUCACGUCAUGCCCAGAUCAGCGGUGAUAGCUCUCUACGAGGUCUCUCGCGGCGGCAAAGGCUCGAAGUCGAGAAGGAAGACCGUAUUCGCGCGAAAUUUCCAGAGACUUUGUUGCGGGAUCGCUCGGAUAAGCACCGUCCAGGUUCUAAGCGGCCACAGGUUGAGAAAGGGCGACUUGGCGUUCGUUAUCAUCCAUCGCAGAGGGAAUCAGCUCAAGAACGGAUAACCGAAAGCGAUAGACGACGGGCCGCGGCCAGACUGCGGUAUCAAGUAACGCACGGCUGGGGGUCGGAAUUCACCCAUCUGGCCAAGGAACAAGGACAAUCGACUGCGACGGAACUCAAGGACUUGCGAAGUUGAACGCCCUCCCAAAAUUAAUAAGGGAUCCAACAGCUAGUCCAAUCCAGCAAAAACUCGACCAUUUUGUACUAUAUUGUACCACCAGAUUCUAGAAUUGCAUCUGAAUGAGAUACAUUAGGUGGGAAAAGACUUUUUCAAGACGUAAAGCGACAUACAUUGUCGAAUCAUGCAGAUCAAUACCGUGUAUCAGAAAUGGUCAUGGUUUGCCAGAUUCAAUCUCAAUUUUUCCAUUCUACUCUGUUCCUCGUCCCACUCGCAACUUUUGUCAGCAGACUACUAUCGAGCUGAUCUAUAAUGACCAACGCAGCAAUAAGAUUUUCCUUUCAAGUUCACAAAAAGCACCAUAUACUCCUUGUUCAACCAACAGGGUCAACAUUUGCGAAACACAUAGCAAACAAUCUUGAUCGAUCGACAGGCAAGAUACCUCCGUGAAUCGACAUCCCAAACAACCAAGAAAAUGAGCGGAAGGAUCAGGUGAGUGCAACAAGGAGCGACAGGUUGGAAAAGGCAGUAUGCCAACAACGCGAGAUGGACGUUUCGUUAGCCGAGGCCAUGGCGUCCAGCAGCCCCAUUCAGAACAAUCAAUACCCAUGGGCGAUCUCAUCGGCAAUCUUCUCUGCCAGGGCAUCUGUGCAGCUAUUGUCAGCACGGAAAAUAAAGUCUGGUAUCAACCUCGACAAAGAGAGAAAGUACUCACAGAUGGUGGACAAUGGAUGACCUGGGGGAAGGAGAGGCAGGGACGAAGCAUCAACGACCCUCAGACGGUUGACGCCAAUGACUCUAGCAUGGGAGUCGAUGACUGUCAUUGCAUCGUCAGGCCGGCCCAUGGCACAAGUGCAUGAGGCGUGAUAGACGGUGAAGAAGGUGUUGCGGAUGAUAUCCAGGAUCUCAGCGUCGGACUGGAUCUGCAUGUCGGUGCCGGGGAAAAACUCGGCUCCAAUCACAAUCGGCGACAUGGCCUCGAACAACUGUCGUGCUCGCCUGUAGCCAGUCACCGCAAUGGCCUGAUCCGUUGGAUGAGUGAGCCAGUUAGGGUUGAUG